CGCCUGGUUGCCUCUGCUGUUGGCUCUGCUCGCCAUUGCGGGAGGGGGCCUCGGGGCAGACACAGAGGAGCGGUUAGUGGAGCACCUCCUUAACCCCGCCCACUACAACAAACUCAUCCGUCCUGCCACAAACGGGUCAGAGCUGGUCACUGUGCAGCUCAUGGUGUCCUUGGCCCAGCUCAUCAGUGUGCAUGAGCGCGAGCAGGUGAUGACCACCAAUGUCUGGCUCACGCAGGAGUGGCAGGACUAUCGGCUGACCUGGGUUCCAGAGGAGUUUGACGGGAUGCUGAAGGUCCGACUUCCCUCCAAACACAUCUGGCUCCCGGACGUGGUUCUGUACAACAACGCUGAUGGAGUUUACGAAGUCUCAUUCUACUCCAAUGCUGUGGUCUCCUAUGAUGGCAGUAUUUUCUGGUUGCCCCCGGCGAUCUACAAAUCCGCCUGUAAGAUUGAGGUCAAACACUUCCCGUUCGACCAGCAGAACUGCACGCUGCGUUUUCGAUCCUGGACGUACGACCGCACCGAGAUCGACCUGGUGUUACGGGCGGACGUGGCGAGCAUGGAUGACUUUACGCCCAGCGGGGAGUGGGACAUUAUUGCGCUCCCAGGACGAAGGAACGAAAAUCCGGCCGAUCCCACCUACGUAGACAUCACCUAUGACUUUAUUAUCAGACGGAAACCACUUUUUUACACAAUCAACUUGAUUAUCCCGUGUGUGCUUAUCACUUCCUUGGCGAUCCUCGUCUUCUACUUACCUUCGGACUGUGGCGAAAAAAUGACUUUAUGUAUCUCCGUGCUCCUCGCCCUCACUGUGUUCCUUUUACUGAUCUCCAAAAUAGUCCCACCCACCUCUCUGGAUGUCCCGUUGGUUGGGAAGUACUUGAUGUUCACGAUGGUUCUAGUCACGUUCUCCAUAGUUACGAGUGUUUGUGUGCUAAACGUGCAUCACCGCUCACCCACCACACACACCAUGCCCCCCUGGGUUAAGCUGGUCUUCCUAAACAAGCUCCCGGCUCUGCUCUUCAUGCGCCAGCCUCGGAACAACUGUGAACGGCAGCGGCUGCGCCAGAGACGGAGAGCCCAGGAGCAGAAGGAGGGGGGGCGAGGAGGGGAGGUCGGCGGGCUCAUGGUCGGCCUCGGAAUGGCCAACACGGGUGGGAACGGAGGCGCCACUUCCACAGGAGUCUUCGGAAAGGAGGACAGUGACCCGUGUACGUGCUACGUGAACCGGGCCACAGUGAAACAGUUUGGAGGGGAGCUGGGAGGGGCAGGAGGGUCCAUGGAUGGAUUGAACAGAGUGAGAGAGGGCCGAGAAGCGGGCGCGGGGAAUGUGCCACGGGGUAAGCAGGCGGCAGGGGGUCCAGCGCUCACCCAGGCCCUGCUGGCUCAAGCAUGUCCCGGCUUCGAGGAGGCCGUGGAGGGGGUCCGCUUCAUCGCAAACCACAUGAAGAGUGAGGACGAUGACCAGAGUGUGAGCGAAGACUGGAAGUACGUCGCCAUGGUGAUCGACCGCCUCUUCCUGUGGAUCUUCGUGUUCGUGUGUGUCUUCGGGACGUUGGGCAUGUUCCUCCAACCACUUUUCCAGAACUACACAGCCAAGACCAUCACCAGCACACCAGGCUGA